AUGCGUAGCUACUACGACGUGCUCGGCGUGUCUGCCCAAGCCACCAGCGACGAGAUCAAAGAGGCGUACAAGAAUAAACUCUUUGCUGCCCAUCCCGACAAGUCAUCGCAAUCUUCAGACAACUCCGAGGUCACCACCCUCAAACAGGCCUACGCCAUUCUCCGCGACGCCGUGUCCAGGAAACAGUACGACGCUGAGUUCAAACAUGAUCUCAAGGUGAAAGGUUUCGAUGUCACUGCCGACGGCUUGGACGUGUAUCUGCUUGAAGACUUCACUGAGGACGAAGUCGAUGGAGAGUACGUGUGGUUUCUUGACUGUCCUCGAUGCACUGGUCACCGCAGUAUGUCGUUAACUGAGACCGAUUUGGAUGAGUGUGGCACUGCUGACGGCAGUGGCGGGUUCAUGAUUGUCGUCCAGUGUUCAACGUGCUCGUUGUGGAUUAAAGUGACUUAUGCGGUGGCUGACGACUGA